AUGGCACCAUCGUUCACCUUUGUCAAUGUCAGCAACGCCCCUGGUCUGGGCCCCAAAGAGGCCAAGCAGAUGAGAGGUCAUAUUACCAAGACAAACUUUGCCAAGAGGAGACAAAGGCUCGGCCAACAGAAGAAGAAAGCAAACACCGCUCAAUCUCCAAGUCCAUCUUCUGCCUUGAUUACAUUGGACGAGCGGCAGUUGCGGCAUGAGCUCAAGCCAAUAGCUCAUAGUUUGCUCAGCCGCAUGGUAGAGCCUGCAUACUGCCCUGUCGAAUAUUUGCUUGGUGAAUACCGCGCGCUUAUCUUCCCCGCCGGUCUCGGUUCUCCCGGAUCAAACAGAGAAGCAGACUGGAUCGCCCUACUGCACUCUGAACCAGCCCUAGUCGAAGCAUCCAUGUCCAUAGCCAUAAGACAUUCGCCCCGGCUCCAGAGGACUCAAGGUAUUCGCGAAGCGUCCGUGCGUAAAGGAAGGGCUAUCAAGAUGAUCAACGAACGGUUGGACACGCCUCUGGGAUUGACCGACGGCGUGCUCAGUGCCGUCUUCACUUUGACCUUUGCAGAGCUUCUUGAGAGUGAUGUCGAAGCAAGAGACGUCCAUAUCCAAGGUCUGGCCCAAAUGAUCAAAGUUAGACGGUCCUUAGGAAACACGGACAUCCCAUCGUGGUUCGGCGAUUUUAUCCUAUAUGAUUCAAUUGGCCACACGAUUCUUUCAGCCAGCUAUUCCAAUUUACCUCUCAUCAACGCAUUGCGGAACGAAGAGGACCCCAAGCAAAUGGAUGUUGCAGCAAUUCGAUCCGAUAUCGAAGACUUACGUCAACUAAUAGACAAAUAUCACACUUCCACGACGCUAAGACAAGAUAAGGCAGCUAUCAUUAGAAGGGCGAAGGUCGUUGGAUAUCAAGGCUGA